AUGGACAACUCUUAUACAGUGUUCUCACAGGGAUCGCAUUUAUAUUCCUCGAUCGAACAACCUCAACAGGAAUCCUCCAUGGCAGACGUUAUCGUCCCAUCCGAAAACGGAGUUUCAGGCGACGGCUAUGUCCCACGCCCGAAGCGCAUCGCUUGUGUCGUUUGUAGAAGGAGGAAGCUGAGAUGUGAUGGGAAACGGCCAAGCUGUGGAACAUGUUCACGCUUGGGUCAUGAAUGCGCCUUUGAUGAAGUUCGCAAGAAGAGUGGCCCUAAGCGGGGAUAUGUGAAGCAGCUGGAGGCACGAUUAGCUCAAGUCGAAACACUUCUUAAGGGUCAAGAAUCCGAUCUUUCACAGCGAACCUCGCCCCCGCAGCCUCAACCGCAAGAGCAUACAUUUACAGAUCCUGUCCUCGAUGAUUCUCUUCUCAAUCUGCCUGAUAUUUUAGGUCUUGGAAACGGUAUCAAUGCUUCGAUUCCAUCAUUGGGCGAGCCCCAACAAAAUUCGGCCUUUUUCGCGCAGGCACCACAGAUUGCCGACGGCCCUCGGUGGGACCUGAUUGCCCUAGGAUUGGAAGAGCCCCUCCCUGCUCAGGAUGUGAUAGAUGAACUGGAGCAUACAUAUUUCGAGAAAGUUCAUCCGAUGACGCCCAUCCUCCAUAGCCCCCGGUACUUUGCCAGUCUUAAUCUCGGUAUCAGUUCCCGGCCACCUAUCUGCUUACGAUAUAUAAUCUGGUGCCACGCAGCAUCUGUUAGCGACAAAUACUUCUUCCUGCAUCAACUUUUUUACCAACGUGCUAGAAAGUAUGCCGAGGCAGAUGAGAUGAAAGGAUUUGGCGAACGUAUCACUACUCUAUCGCACUGCCAAACCUGGACGCUAAUUGGAGUCUACGAAUUUCGAAACAUCUAUUUCCCACGUGCAUGGCUGAGUGUCGGUAAAGCUUGCAGACUCGUGUUAAUGAUGGGCUUUAAUCGAUUAGAUGGUUCUGGUGUUGAAGUCAAACAGUGUCUUCCUCCGCCAAAAGAUUGGACUGAGCGUGAAGAACGCCGGAGAGUAUUUUGGAUGGCGUUUUGUUCUGAUCGUUGUGCCAGCAUUGGAACUGGAUGGCCCGUUGUCAUCGACGAGCAAGACAUUAUGACAAACCUUCCUUCUUCAGAAGAAUCUUUUAUGAAGAGCAAACCACAGCGUACCCUUCGUCUUUCUGAUAUUGAAGAGGGCGAGGGAGUGGCGACGUUGUCUCCAUUUGCGUGUGUGGCAGUUUUGGCCAAUCUCUUUGGCCGAAACUUGAUUCACAUUCAUCGUCCACAUCCACUAGAUAACGAUCAAGACCUUAAUGGAGAGUUCUGGAAACGACACAGGAGCCAUGAUAAUAUUCUCCUCCACAUUGCGCUUUCUUUACCUGAGCAUCUUCGACUUCCGAGCGGUAUGGAUGAUGUGAACGUCGUCUUCGCCAACAUGAGCAUUCACACAUCCACCAUUUGUCUACACCAGGCAGCGAUAUUCAAAGCUGAGAAGAACAAGAUGUCAAAUCAAAUCAUUAUGGAAAGUAAACGACGAUGUCUGGUGGCUGCAAAUCAGAUAUCCAAUAUCAUGAAGAUGAUCAGCCAUGUCGAUCUAUCAAUGUUGAACCCAUUUAUGUCCUUCUGUCUCUAUGUAGCAGCGCGGGUGUUUGUGCAAUAUCUGAAAUCUCGACCCGACGAUUUAACAGUGUAUUCCUCACUGCAGUUCGUCAUUGGGGCUUUGAACGCGAUGAAGGCGAAAAACCCUCUGACCGAGUCUUUCCUUGUUCAGCUGGAUGUAGACCUUGAAGGAACUGGACUUCGGGCAAUUGACUCUUCGAAACCGAGCUCAUCUGCCGCCAUCAAGGAAAUGAUUAAAAACCGUGAUGGCUGUCCCUCGGGAAUUUAUACUAUGCGUGAACGUCAGACUGAUGAGGCGCAAAUCGACACUUCACCGAAGAAUAUGAGAUCCAGUGUCAAUAGUCAUGCUCCACAAGCUGGCAUGACCACAUCCCUUCCGAGCCGAGAAAAAGAUUCAUCGAUUGUAGAUUUGGAGCAGAAUUUUUACGACGGCACUUCCCAUCAAUACUUUCAAGCCUAUAAAGAGGGCCACAGCCAAGGAGGUAUUGUGGAUCUAGAAAUGGAUUUCUCGCCAGACUUUAAGAAUCCACCUUCUGACCACCCCACACCAUCGACGCUCAAUUCGUCAUCUAACACCUCAUACUCAUUGUCGGGAGUGGACAACCCGUCUCCGGGAAAUAAACAGAAGCUAGGCUCUCUCAAUUCCAAUCAGGUCUCCGCAACUCAAUCUGUGCAUAUAUCCCCGGCGAACACAGAUUCAUCACGUGUAUCUGGCAUAGGCUACAUGUCAGAACAACUGUAUCCCACAGGAGGAGCCGCUGGGGCAACGAAUAUAUUCUCCAUGCAAUCAGCAUGGGACUUGCCACCUCAACCCCCAGACAUGAAUACCCCUGAUUUCAACGCUCUCAGUGACGCACAGUGGGCAAAUAUACUGAACAAUGAGAAUGAUGCUAAUUUACAAAAUUGGCGCCAAUCAUAA